AUGAAAAACUACCUGGUGAUUGCCUGUUUGUUUGUCUUGUGGUGUGAAAAAUUAAAGGAUUUAAACUUUUUAAACUGGGAGAAGGAACAAAAUUUUUUUUAUGCAAAUAAUGAUAAUUUAUUAAGAAGAAUAUUAAAUAAUGUAGAAAAAAAUAAAGACAGAACAAAUGUUGAUAAAUCCAAAGUAGUUGAUAUGAAUGAAGGCAAACUUGUUACAUUAGACAAAGAGACGAAGGAAGAAAAUAUUCUUAAAAAUAUUUUUUUUGAAAAUAUAAUGUUUGAUCAAAUAAACGAUGAAAACCUAAAAAUUGACAGAAAGGAAAAAAAUAUAGAUGAAGAGAAAAAAAAUAUAGAUGAAGAGAAAAAAAAACAAAAACAAAAUGAAUUAAUUAAAGAUACUACAAUUGAUAAUGAUUUCUAUUCAUAUACUAACGAUUUGAUUACUCUGCAUAAAAAAAAAUUAAAAGAAGAAAAAAAUUUUGUUAUGAUCAAAGAAUUUGUAAAAUUUUUAUCUAGUCGAGAAGAAAAUGUAUUAAUAUCUAAUGUGAACUUUUUUUUAAAAAGAAUAUUUAAUUUGAUAUUGAGAGAAAAAAUAAUUACUGGAAUGUGUCCUGAUGAGCAAAAUGAAGAAACAGAAAAGCUUGAAAGGAAAGAAAAUAUUGAUGUGAUAAAAAAAGAGGACUCCAAAAAUUAUCAAGACAAAGAAAAAAAUAAGGAAACAACACAUGAUGGUACCACAAAUUAUGAUGGCAAAGAAAAAAAUGAUGAUGGCAAAGAUAACUAUUUAGAAUACUUGAAAAAAAAUCGAAAUUGUAAUUUGAAUAAAAAACUCAAGAUUAUAGAUUGUAAUAAGAAUUCUCUAAACUGUUUCUUCUCAAACAUUAAAAAUGAAGAAUUUUAUAAAGCUCAAGAUUUAUUUAAAUAUUAUAUAUCAUUAGAAAGAAUGUUAAAGAGUUCUUCUAUUCGAUCUAAAACAGAUAGAAUAUCGAAAUAUUUUACAUUUUAUCCAGUUUCCUUAGAUAAAGAAUAUUAUGAAGAGAAAAUAAAUAAUGAUGUCUUUUUAGAAGCAGUUAGAAGUAUAUUAUUUGAUUCACAUGAAGGAAAUAAAAAAAAUAAGAAAAAGAUUUUUUCUAGCUUUAUAAUAGUUGUAGAUACAUUAAUAUCUUUAAUAAAAGAAGAAAAAGUAGUAAAUGAAAUGUAUAUGUUUAUUCAUUUAUUUUUUCAAGAUUUAAAUUUAUUAAAUAAAAAAAUAUUAGACAUUUUAUUAAAAAGUUCUUUUAAUCCAGGAACACCAUAUUAUAUUCCAGAUUUCAAUAAGCAAAAUUUUGAAUUCAUUUUAUCAAAAAUAUAUACAAAAUAUGUUUUAAAUAAUUUAUUAAAUAGGAAAUUUAAUAAUCAGGAUACUAUAAAUAUGUCUCAGUUUUUAAAUAACAAAAUAAAACCUUUCAAUUUUAGUUUUAUAGAAAAUAAUGUGCACCUGUUAAAGAAUCAGAGUGUUCCUAUAAAAGAUGAUGACCUUUUAAUAAGCGAAGAAAAUUUGUGUAAAUAUAUACCUAUCAAAAAAAAAUUAUUAUAUGAGAAACUUAACAAGACGAGACAAGCUGCAGAGGAAGCUAUACUUGAUUAUAUAUUUAGACUUUUGUUGAGAA